AUGCCCCGCGGCUACCCUGGCGACAGCACUCCCAUGGGAGGGGCAGGCGCACAGGGAGGGGCAGCAGGUGCAGGAGCAGCCUGCGGGGGGAACAGGGCAUCUCACAUGGCGGGGAGCAUAAUAGGCGACACCAUCACGGGCACGAUAGCGGAUGGGCUCAUAGGAGCCGCCAGCGGCAGCACCUCCCUCGUCGGCCGCAUUGCCAGCAGCGCUGCGGGCGCCCUCAUCUCCGACAGCUGGCGCUCUCUGGUUGGUGGGGACGCAGCAGGUGCGGGGACAGGAGCGGGUGGGGGAGGCGGGUGGUGGACGCCACAGACGGGCAUCAUGCCCGGCCUCUCCCACUCUUCCACCUCUGCUGCCCCCGCUGCUCCCACUGCCUACAGCCUGGGAAGACUGUUCAGCAGCUUCGGGAGCACCAACCCUAGCAGCAGGGGCGGCAUGGGCGGGGUGCCAGCGGGGGUGAGCAAGAGCGUGGCGGAGCUGCUGCACGACUCCGUGCCCAUCCGCCUCGCCACGCCCUCCAAGUCCAACCUCCUACUCCACUCCUCCCCUGACCUGGGCCGGUCCAAUCUCAGCCCUGCACGGGCCAGGCCUGCAGGUGUGGCUUCUGGGUCAGGGGCGUGGCCGGUGUCUGGCAGCGUGGGGAAGAGUAACAGUGAGGGCGGCCUAGCAGGGAGACCGGGGAUGGGAGGUGGGGUGUCAGGAGCUAAGACAGGAGGAGGCAUGGGAAGAGCAGGGGAGGAGGGCGAGGCGCAGGGGGUGGUGAGUGUGAUAGACAUCCCCGAGUCGCUGGGGCUGCUGCAGCACCUGCGCCAGCUGUCGCUGCACAUCAACAACCCGCGCCAGCAGGUGCGCCUGCCCGACUCCAUCGGCCGCCUCUCCCUGCUGGAAGACCUGCACCUCGCCUUCCCCCUGCCCGCCUUCGUGCCACCCUCCCUCUGGUCGCUGCCGUCGCUGCAGCGCCUGUCCCUGGCGGGGUGGAAGGGCCUCGCCUUCCUGCCCAACUGCCUGGACGACCUCUCCAGCCUGCGCUCGAUGCACCUGCGCUGCCACGAUCUGCUCGACCUCCCGCCCUCCGCCGCGCGCCUGCAGCACCUCACAGAGCUGCUGUGGGAGACACCGCGCCGUGGCAAGGACCAUGGGGUUGCUGCUGGGGGUGGAGGUGGGGGUGGGGGUGGGAGUCUGUUUGGGGAUCACUACCAGCACCAGCAGCAGCAGCAGCAGCAGCAGUCGCUGGAGAGUGCGUCGGUGCCGCCAUCGCUGGGGCUGUUCACGCAGCUGCAGCACCUCACACUGCGCAACGCCACCUUCCUGCCGGAUGACCUGCAGCUGCUCGCGCCCAAUCUCACGCACCUGCAGGUGUGGGGCGCCCACGGCCACCUGCGCUUCCUCCCGCACUCACUGCUGCGCCUGCGCCGCCUGCACCACCUCGACCUGCGCGGCGCCUUCUCCCUCGUGCCACCUGGCAUCGGCUGCCUCAAGGAGCUGACUCAGCUCUGCCUUGUCAGCGGGUCGCUGGAGAGCCUGCCGCCGUCCAUGGCUGAGCUGGCAAGCCUGGAGGAGCUGCGAUUGGACGGGUGCUCGGGCGAUCUGCAGCUGCCCGACAUGCUCUUUGCCCGCCUCAAGCGCCUGCGCUCACUCUCCCUGCCCACCAACGCCGCCUCCACUGUGCCGCGCGGCCUCACCCUGCUCACCUCGCUCGCCUCCCUCUCCAUCGAGUGCUCUGCCUCCGUCCCCACGCCGCAACCAGCCGCCGCUCUUGCCGUCCCCGACCCCCUGCCGCUCACGCCUCCACCGCCCCCAACACCUGCCGCUGCCAUCUUCAGCGCCCUCGCUGCCUCCUUCUCCCCACCACCACCUUCUCAAUCCCGCUCGCCACACCGCUCCCCCUCACCCAUCCCCUCCAUGACCCCCCUCCCUCCGCCCUCCUCUCCUCUCACCGACUUCUGGGACCCAUCCCGCCUGCCGCCUGCACCCACCGCCCUGCCAUCCACAUCAGUGCUCCCUCUGGCCUUUGGCUCACUGGCCAGUCUGCGCUCACUGCGCCUGCUGUGCCCGCAUGUCACGGCCCUGCCGCCCACCUUCGUCGCUCUACCCCGCCUGGAGGACCUGCAGCUGCGCUUCUCGGGCUCGCUGCCGCGCUCCUUCGGUGCGCUCACAUCUCUGCGCUCGCUCGUGCUCGACAGCCCCAAGCUCUACGCACUGCCCGAGUCCAUUGGCAACCUCUCCCUGCUCACCUCGCUCACGCUCACCUGUGCGCACCUCACCCUGCUGCCCGUCUCCAUCGGCCAGCUCACAGCGCUGCGCUCGCUCAAGAUCAUCCAGUGCCACUGCCUCGAGUCCCUCCCCUCCUCCCUCUCUGCCCUGGCCAGCCUCUCCCUCCUUGACGUGUGCUGUGACAAUCUCAACUGGCUGCCAGUGUCCUUGGGUCGCCUGUCUGCGUUGGAGGACCUCUCCCUGGCCAGCAAGAGCCUCACGCAAUUGCCCGACAAUUUCGGGCAGCUGCAGCAUUUGCGACUGCUGCGGCUGGACUGCCCGGCCCUUGAGAGCCUGCCUGCAACGUUUUGGCAGCUGCCUGGGUCG